UUGUCGUCCAGAGGAAUCGGAUUAUUGUUCACGAUGAAAGCCGUCACGUCAAGCACUUCCUUCUCCCGCUCCAUUACAGAUAUUUCCAGGUUUUCGAGAUCACGUUUGCAGUCUUCGUCCAUGUUUAAAUAUUUCACGAACGCGACCGACGUCGACCAACGUCGACUGAUUCCAACAGCGGAAUGGAACGUUACUUGUCUCUAAACUGGCGGGAAAGCGAGUACAGUGGGGACAAACUUUACGACGUCCUGAUUGGCACGCUCCGAUCUCGUUCGUGCCAUGCGCUUAGAUCUCGACGGCUUGACGUCUCGUGCCCGACUGCCCCGACUGUGGGGCGAAUCGUUUGGAGGUGGUAGAGGUUAAGUUAAUUUCGACGAACGAAACAUGAUGUCCAGUCGAGUAAAUUUCGCUUUACGUCGGUUUUAUAAGAGAGCGACCUGGGACUGUCGCCCGUGUUCAACGGCAUCGGGGGCGACGAACGAGAGGGAUCCGGCGCCUAUAUUCUUCGACCGAUACGUGCAGCAGUUGCUCACCACGCUGACUCGUAUUGAUUACCGAAAAGUGUUCGCCGCUCGCAAAGACGGGACGAAGUUGGAUGUGCCGACAAUGAAGUUCAUGACGGACGAGGAACUGGAAAAGGCACGGGCCGAGAUCGAGAAGAAAGCGAAGGGACGGAUACAAAUGCCGCCGUACGUGAAAGCUCGAUCGGACCAGGUUCAACUGAUCUCCGACGAACCAGCAGUGCAAGGCUACUCGGAACAGAACUUUGUGUUCACAGACAUAUCUUUCGGGAGCAAUAACAGAGAGAGAUUGAUCGUGGUCCGAGAGGCGAACGGUAUACUGAGACGCGCGAACACCUUUGAGAGACACAGGAUGAACCAGACGUAUUUUCCUAUCGAGGGCAGAGAGAUACACCAUCCACAGAUGUUUUUCAGCCCGUACAUUGACGAAUUACUGGACAAGGGAGAGUUCGAGUUUAUCUUGGAUCGAGCCUGUUUGCAGUUCGAACCGGACGAUCCGGAAUACCAGAGGGUCACGAAACUCGUGUACUCGUACGUGAACAAGCUGAAUAAGUUCGACGUGUUGCGAUCCACGAGGCACUUCGGUCCGCUCGCGUUUCACCUCGCUUGGGAAGACAAUAUUCACACGCUGCUGUUGGACCUGAUUCGUAACGAGGCUAUAGACGAAGCAGCGGCAUUGGUCCGGUUGUAUCACAGGGCUCAUCCGGAGGCGAAGUCGGCCGCUCAGCCAACGCCCGACAAUUUGGAAACGAUAAGGCAAUACGCGGUGCUAGAUGCCCCGGAUAGGCUGUCGAUCACGCGCUCCUUGGACAUAUACGAAAGGAUAUAUGCGGAGAGGCAGAAGAUAGAAGAAGGGCUGCAAAAGGCCCACGGGAUAGACGAAGACGGGGGCGAAGAACCUAAAACGUGAACGGACUUGACUCUAUGUACAAAUGUUUGUUAAUAAAUAAUAAUAAUAUACAUACCGAC